UGGCUACAAAGUGCGGAUUGAAGCGUGAACCGCCGUCACUGCAGCCGGGACAAUUGAUCUAACCUCGCAAUAAAAUUUGAGUGUAUUUAUCUGCACCUGCCUUCAAAAUGGCCGCGAUAACAAAACCAAAGUCUGAGAUGACACCAGAAGAGCUGGCAAAACGCGAGGAGGAAGAAUUCAACACUGGGCCACUUUCGGUCCUCACGCAAUCUGUGAGAAAUAAUACGCAGGUGCUUAUUAAUUGCAGAAACAACAAAAAAUUGUUGGGACGUGUGAAGGCUUUUGAUAGGCAUUGCAACAUGGUUUUGGAAAAUGUUAAGGAAAUGUGGACAGAGUUACCUAGAACUGGCAAAGGCAAAAAGAAGGCAAAGCCAGUGAAUAAAGACAGAUUUAUCUCAAAAAUGUUUUUACGAGGAGAUUCAGUUAUAUUGGUUGUAAGAAACCCAUUGGCCAAUACAGCAAAGUAAUGCUCUAAAUGCUAUUUUUAACAUUAAUUAUAAAUAUACAAAAUAGGUAUAAGAAUUUUUUUAAAAUAAAUUCCUGAAUCUUUAAGUUACAUCUUUUAUUUAUUCUUUAUCAUGAAAUCAUGUAUUAAAUGAAAAAUAUGAAUUGUACAAAUUCAUUGGAAUUCAUUUAAGAGUGUUCAUAGCACUGUCUGUGAAUUUAGAAAAAAUUACCAAUACGUGUAAAGAUAUUUUUAAAAAAUGGAAUGCUUAAACUUCAAAAAA